CUAGUUCAGUGGCCUUUGACAGUGGAUCCUCAGAGAUAACUGAUUUCUUCAGAUUUCAUAAAAAUAGGUGUCUGGAUGGAGAAGGACAAGAUAACCUGCUCCAGUUCCCUUUGGGUGCGAGAGCUAGGAGGAUUCAGCUCCCAUCCCUUCAUCCACUACAUGCUGGAAGGAAACACAGGAGGGGGAAUGCCAGGGGAAUCCCAAGGAAUCUUUAAAUAUCCUGAAAUAUGGUGGAAGCAGUACUGAUAGAUCUGUUCAGCCUGCCAGCCAACUUGCAGAACAUUCAAGAAUUACUAUGUAACACACUGGAAGCUGUUGAGAAAUGCUCUUCCAUUGCUGCUCCAUUUGUUUAUGUCAUGUGUUGCCAGAGGCAAGAGCAGGAAAGGAACGAUAAACAAGAGUCCUUGCUUCUAGCUCUGAGAGCUUUUCAGAGUCUGAAAAAAAGACUGGAGGUGGUACCUGCUUUGACAACAGCUGCUGCUUUGUACACCAUCAAACAAAGCCUGGAUGAAAAAGACCUAAGCAUCAUCAAAGUUAUUCUCCCUACCUUAAGAAAAGAUGUAAUGAAAGUAUAUAUAGACCAUCUCUUUACACCAGUCUACAAGUUUGAAUUUGAGGAUUUACAGGUGGCAUCUGAUUGUAAAAACCUGCAGAUAGCUGAACCUCAGAAUGAAGAGCAAACGCUUCCUACACAGGAUGUAGCUUUCAUCCAAAGUGAAAUUCAGAUGUACCUGGAAAGCCUGCCAAGCUUGAAAGGGGAGCUCACCAUCCUCAGAUCUUCCCUGAUCCCAGAUGAUAUCUUCCUACAUGGCUUCACCACACGGACAGGUGGGAUCUCCUACAUACCAACUCUAAGCUCCUGCAAUCUCUUCUGUAGCUCCAAGCGGAGGGACCCACAAGUUGUUGUUAAGGAAAAUCUCCGCCGACUAGCUAACGCGGCAGGAUUUAACCCAGAGACUUUUCACAGAGUCAAGGUCGAUCAUGCUAAUGCUGUGUGUAUUAUGGGAAAGACAGAGCCUGACAGCUAUGAUGGAAUAGUUACGAAUCAGAAAGGUGUUACGAUAGCAGCUCCAGGGGCUGACUGCAUACCUGUGCUGUUUGCUGAUCCUGUCAGAAAAGCCUGCGGUGCUGCUCAUUCUGGAUGGAAAGGCACAUUGUUAGGAGUUUCUAUGGCCACAGUAAAUGCUAUGGUAUCUGAAUAUGGUUGUAACGUGAAAGAUAUCCUUGUGGUGCUGGGCCCAUCUGUAGGACCUUGUUGCUAUAAACUUCCCCAGGAAUCAGCCAAAAAAUUUCACAGAAUUGAUCCGAAGUGUGUGAGACUAUUUGACUCUGCAAGUCCUUAUAUUGAUAUUAGAAGAGCAACACGGAUUCUUCUUGAGAGUGGUGGGAUCCUUCCUGAGAACAUUCAAGAUGAUACUGUCACAGACCAGAACCAAAAUAUCACUUUCUGUACUGCAUGCCAUCCUGAUAAAUUUUACUCUCACUUCCGUGAUGGCACUAACUUCGGGACACAGAUUGGCUUCAUAUCAAUCAAAGACUGAGAUAGUAUCUCUUACUCUCAAGUAGUAUUUAGACAAUAAGUCUGGUACAUUUUUUGGUAUCUGAUAGAGGUUCUUCCUCCUUCCUUUCACAGACUUGCAAUGGGGAAUUCAUGGGUCUUGUAAGUGUCUUGCUUCUUCCCUUCCCUGCCAUUCUGAGGCAAGAAGAAAUGUCAGGGGUGUGGGGCCAAUAAUUCUUGUGUGAGACAGGGUGCAAAGGAAACAAGGACAAGCCACACCAGUGACAGAGCCCUUCUGCAAGACCAGAUGCAAGCUCCACAUUUUUUUAACCUUCUUGACCAAAGAUUUCCCAGAAACUUCACCGUCUUAAGGUGCUCUUCAUUGGCUUCUGGGUGAAACCUCUGAAUGGAGGUUAAGUUUGACAUUACUGAUACAGGAAGGGAAGCCUGUAUUGCACAUCAGCUGUGUGAAAACACUCAACUUUGGCAGUUUCAGCUGAAGGUUAACCUUACAGAAUUAGGUGCCUGGGAUUGUUUUUCUUCUUUUAGUUUAAAGAAGAGCUCCAAAACAUUUACAGGGUUUUUCCUAUGGGAAAUAACGUGAAAGUGGGAAGCAAGCAAGUUUCUUUGGGGGAGACAUUGAAAACAUAGGAACCCUCACAAUUCUGUAUUUUUUGAUUGCAGAAAAACUAGGACUAAGACUCUUAAUAUUAUAUGACAUAUAUGUUCAUAUUUCCUUAGGAUUAUUCUCUUUAAACUACUGGUGCUCUGCUGAUGUCUAUUGAUACAUGCUCAGCGGUGCCAAGUUAUUUACUAAAUGUCUGAAAAGGGGAGGGAAUUUAGCCUCAGUUAAUUUUACUGACCAAUCAUUGACUUACCUGUGUUACUGAGCCCAUUCUAAGUGUGCACUCUUUUAUUCUGGCCUGGAAAAUAUUGCCUCAAGACGAUAUAAUAGACGAGAGAAUUUCUGACGCAUAGACAGUGAGACAUUCCUCACAGUAAAGCCACUGCUGACUGUAGCUUGCAGAGUUGCCAAGCCCUGGGACAACUGUCCGCAUGACGUAUUUUCUAUUUUGAACCCAACGGUCUUUAUCAGCUCUAGAGUUUAAUGUCCACCAGAGGUCAGUGCUCGCUCACGCUGCACCGCAACCCCUGCCUGCGCUGGAUAGACGCAUUUUCAAACCACGCACUUCGCAAAGCACUGUACGGCAUACGCUGCCACUUUUGCCCGUAUCAUCAUCUGCCAAGUUAUUCUGGUACCUGUGCAAUCCAUUGCUCAUUUUGUUGGGUUGCAAUUCAGAGCUGACCAAAUUAGAACUUUACUUGUCCUCUGGGAGAAGAGACUUUUAAAGUAAACAUUACCUGUGAGUGUUGUUUCUCAGGAGAGCCUGGUUCUGAGUAUGUUGCCCUCUGACUGUAACCGUCUACCCCAAAAAUGCUUCUUCCAACUCUCCUCCUUCCUCUUUAGAAUUAUUACUUCUCUUUGUCUGUAGCACUUCAGUCCUUGACAAUAAAAAUUCCUACAUUUUCAGUUACCUUUUAAAAAA